ACCCUUAUUGUUUGGGGUCGCUACUACAGACAUACAUGCUGUAAACCGCGUUUUCUGUUGUUUUUGUUGCUAUUUUGGUCCCUCGGCGAUGUGAAGGGCUACAGAGAUGCAUCGCUCAUCCAAACGGGUGUGAUUUGCAGUUUUCAUUUAAAUAAGCAACAGGAAGCUCAUUGGAAGGUUUUACAUUCACAAUCCUAUUUUAAAUGCCAGCCUGCAGCCAUGAAGAUCACAGACAGCGUUAUCCGGAGUUUCAGGGUCGUCAGGACGUAUCGACAAAACGAGCAGAAGAUAAAUUGUGUUGAUUACAGCCCAGAUGGUGAAAAUGCGAUUUCAAGCAGCGAUGACGACUGUAUUAUUCUAUACGACAUCCGAGACGGAAGACCUAAGAGGACGUUAUUCAGCAAGAAGUACGGAGUGGACCUGAUCCGGUACACACAUGCGGACACACAGACUGUGGUGUACAGCUCCAACAAACUGGAUGAUACCAUCCGAUACCUGUCACUGACUGACAACAAGUACAUCCGAUAUUUCCAAGGCCACACUGCCAAGGUCAUCGCUCUCUCCAUGUCGCCCGUUGAUGAUACGUUUAUUUCCGGCUCGUUGGAUAAGACGAUCCGGAUCUGGGACCUGCGCUCUCAAAACUGUCAAGGUUUGACGAAGCCACUGGGGAAGCCCGUGUGUUCCUUCGACCCCGAUGGGCUGAUAUUCGCUGCAGGGGUGGAAUCGCAGGCCAUCAAACUGUACGACCUCCGAGCUUUUGACAAGGGUCCAUUUUCCUGCUUUGAGACGAGGUUCAAUCGCGUUUGUGACUGGACCGGACUCAAGUUCAGCAACGACGGGAAACAGAUUCUCAUCUCUACCAAUGGAGGAACCAUUCGCAUCCUGAACGCUUUCAAUGGAUCCGUGCUGCACACUUUUUCGGGCUACAACAACAGUAAAGGCAUCUCCCUGGAGGCCUGCUUCACUCCCGACUCACAGUUUGUCAUGAUCGGUUCGGAGGACGGCAGGGUUCAUGUUUGGAGCACUGAGAGCGGGAUGAAGGUGGCCGUGCUGGACGGGAAACAUCCAGGACCCAUCAACACCCUGCAGUUUAACCCCAGAUACAUGACGUUUGCUAGUGCCUGCACAAACAUGACAUUUUGGCUCCCGUGUGUCGAAGACUUAUAGAGGGAACAGAACAUCACGCUCACGCACUGAGGUGGGAAGACUUAGUGUGUUGCACUGUACGUUUGGAAAAACCUCAUGACUGAAGAACCUCAUUAAGGUUUCACCAACAAUAUUGGAGAAACCUUUGAAAGGAUGAAUGCAGCUGUUUCCUCGCCAAAAUACCUCCUUUAAAAAAGUUUUUUUUUUCUUUUUCAGACAAAUCAGUAGCUUUUAUUUCACAUGUCAACCCUGUAUCUCCUCACAUCUUGUGUAUAGUUAAGCAGAUUUGUUAUGUGUGUUUUUAUUAUGUCAACAUUUGUUAAUAAAACAGUUUUACACUUUUUUAAGAACAUAAA